AUUUUGCUCCAUAUCGCGAGGGAUCAGGGCUCAGAAUGUCAGAAAGGGGCAUUUCAAGAUCUCUAAAUUCACUGGGAAAUGAAAUGGAUGUUGUUGCACACAGAAACCCUGCUUAUGAAGACGAUUCCUGUGAUUCAAUAGAAUCAUUUCAACACUCUUCAGACAGCGAGACAUCUGAUGAGAAAUACGACGACCAUUUUGGGAAUCAGAAAGUAGAAAAUAUUCCAAUUCAAAAGACACCACUUCCAGAGGAGUUCUCAGUCCAAAGUUCCCAGUUUUCGCACAGACCGUCAGCUAAAAUGUGGGAUGUAUUUCAAGUUUCCACAGAAGAUAAUGUGUCGGGUUCGGAAUUAGCCUGCUGGAAUGCCUGUUUCUACGUCACCAGGAUUGCUCUUUGCAUUGUGCUGUUCACGCUUGUGUUCUUUACAUCUGCUAUUUCAAAAUUUACAUUUCUUUUAAUGACUGCUAAUAUAUUCCCUGGAAACAAUGCAACCAGACUGAAAAGUUUAGGUGGAAAUCUGUCUUACUCAAGCAGAUUCACCGACAUUAACUGGAUAUGGGGAAUAUUAAUCACAAUCUCAGCACCUUACCUUUUCACGGUGUUUAAGUACUCGUGGGUUUUUCUCUUCAAGAAGACAUGGCCUCUUCAUUUGAAUACUCUCUUGGUGGCAUUUUUCACCGAGACGUUACAUUCGAUUGGACUAUGUACAUUCACAUUGGUGGUGUUACCGAGUUUUGACCCAAUCACAGCAUGCAUUCUUUGUUUCAGUAUAUCUACAAUUCCAGGGAUUCUAAAAAUUAUUUUCCCAUCCAGAGACCCCCAAAACAUUAAAAAGCCAGGAAAAGGCGUCUACACAGCCCAAGUAGCUAUCAACACAUUAGCUGCUUUGUGUCAGUUAGGUUCUGUAGCAUUAUGGUGUUACUAUAUUUAUCUGUCCCACACUAACAACUCUAUAAUUUUGAUCAUUCUGGUUAUUCUAUCCCCAGUUUUGAUAUCGAUUUCAUGGUGGGAAAAUUUUGUAUCACAACCGAAACCAGAUAAAUUCAGUAAAAGUGAUUCAAAUCCAACCGAAACACCUUCAAUGUUUUCUUUUCCCCUCCUUCAGAAAAAUAUGAGAAAAGAAAGAGUUAGAAUUGGGAUCAUUACAAAUCUAUGGAAAAUAAUUUUGACCUUAAUUAUAAUGCCAAGUGUUUUGUUUGGGGCUAGUUGUAAAGACGGACAGGCUUGUAUCAGGACAUUUUUCUUUCAAUCAGCACCAAAAGCUGAAAUUAUACGAAUAGCCUCCUCCAAUCUCACCAUGAAUGGACAAUAUGGAGACAAAUGUGUAUCGUACUUACCAUAUAUGGUAGCUUUAACAAAUGUUAUAUCUAGCAUUAUUUGCUACAAAUGUGUAAAAGCAGCGAGUAAAAUUCUGGCCCAGAAACUUUGUUUUGCUUUGCCCAUUGUCCUCUCUACGCCAGCUGUUCUUGGUUUAUUUUUCGGAAUAUACUCUCAUACACUGAAUCCAGAAAUCCCUCCUUCAGAAACGUUGACACUUGGGACAUGCAUUUUUCCACUACCAUAUGGUUCAAACAACAAUGUCGACCCAUCGAUUCUCUUUGAGCUUGUGGAAUUCUACUGGCCUGCACUUGUAGCAGGGAUUUCGGGAUUUUUAUCCUUCCUGAUGAUUUCUAAUCAUAUCUGGUCACCAAACAAGGAGCGAUUGAUUCCAACAGAUCGGCUAUUUGUCCGUGCAUUAUACUGUGGCGCAUUCCUAGAUCAGGCUUUAUUUCUAAACCGUAGACGGAUUGAUAAAGAGUUAAAAAUUGAAAAGAACAAAGAAACUAAAGAAGUGCCAUUGCCUGACGACAAUGAUGAUAAUUCUGAAGAGAAGAAUUGGUCAGAACUCCGGGAGGAUGAUACGCCAAUGAUCUAUAUGUGUGCAACAAUGUGGCAUGAAUCAGAAACCGAGAUGGUGCAGAUACUUAAGUCCAUUUUCAGACAAGACAUUGAUCAAUGUGCGAGGAGAAAUGUGCAGAUUGGAUUAGGAAUUAAAGAUCCAGAUUACUAUGAAUUCGAAGCCCAUAUUUUCUUUGACGACGCGUUUGAAGCACGUGCGGAUGGCCAAGGGCGAUUCAAGAUAAACAGCUAUGUGAAACAACUCAUCAAUUCUAUACCUAUAGCAGCUCGAUCGGUAUAUGGAAGAAAACAAACAAUUCCUUCACCUAAUUGUAUGGAUACGCCAUAUGGAGGGCGUUUAGAAUGGAACCUUCCGGGUGGUAACAAUCUUAUUGCCCAUCUCAAGGACAAAACUAAAAUACGUCACAGAAAGAGAUGGAGUCAGGUGAUGUAUAUGUAUUAUUUUUUGGCCUAUAAAUUGAUGAAUAUUCCGAGAAAGACAAGGAGACAGAAAAGGACAAUAGCAGAAAAUACGUUUCUUCUGGCGUUAGACGGUGACGUGGACUUUCAACCCAAAGCCGUUCAGCUUCUUGUGGAUAGAAUGCGUAAGAAUCCUGACGUAGGGGCAGCUUGUGGAAGAAUACAUCCAAUAGGAACAGGUCCUAUGGUGUGGUAUCAGAAAUUCGAGUAUGCUGUCAGCCAUUGGCUCCAGAAGGCAGCAGAGAAUGUUUUGGGAUGUGUGCUUUGUAGCCCAGGCUGUUUCAGUCUGUUUCGUGGUUCUUCCCUGAUGGAUGACAAUGUCAUGGCACGAUACACAACACGUCCGACAGAACCACAACAUUAUGUUCAAUACGAUCAAGGAGAAGACCGAUGGCUAUGUACGUUAUUACUGCAGCAAGGAUACAAAGUGGAGUAUGUAGCCGCCAGUGAUGCUUUAACAUACGCACCAGAAACUUUCAAUGAAUUUUACAACCAGCGCAGAAGAUGGUCUCCGUCAACAAUGGCAAAUGUAUUGGAUCUUCUCAUGGAUUGGAAAAACGUCACAAGGAAAAAUGAAGACAUUUCUAAGCUGUAUAUUCUGUAUCAGAUGUUUUUGAUGAUUUGCUCCAUUUUAACUCCUGGGACAAUUUUUCUGAUGAUUCUAGGGGCUAUAAGUAUGGCGUUUCCUGCUAUCCCACCAGUCGCUGGGAUGGUGAUCAAUCUAGUACCCGUCACUGGAAUGGUUAUACUGUGUUUUACUGCAAAACCAAACUUCCAACUAGCCUAUGCGGCGGUUGUAUCGACGAUCUAUUCGCUACUGAUGAUGGUAGUCUUGGUCGGUCUGUUAGUGGAGGCUGCCACGGCAGGGUUCUGUUCUGUCACAACUCUGUUUCUCUUGUUUGUCGUCGGUGUCUUCCUUGUUUCAGCCGUUGUUCAUCCUCAGGAAUUUUAUUGUGUCCUUCAUGGCUUCAUUUAUUUCCUGUCCAUUCCGUCCAUGUCUAUGCUGUUAAUGAUCUACUCCCUCGGCAACCUUCACGUGGUGUCAUGGGGAACACGUGAAACCAAGGAAGUGCAGCCACAACAGACAGCUAGAAACGUCAUCUUACAGGAUAACAAAACAAAAUCUAACAGGCUUGUGGAAACCCUUGGUUUUGGAACAAAUGGCGGAAAAUCUGAUUAUCUUUUUUCGUGCGGAAAAUUCAUUAGAUGCUGUCCAACCAAGAAGCCAAAUGAACGACUAUUCCAAGUCUUACUUGAUAGACUUGACGACAUAGAAGCCCAGAUCUCUAAGGAUUCACAGGGGCCGGACCAAGAAGAGAAUUUGGAAUCUGCAGAGGAACUCCAUUUCACGAAACAGAACGUAAUGAUAGAUGGGGCUAUCGUUAGAGAAAACCCAAUGUUUAAUGAUGAAGAAGAAUUCAAAAACAAAGAAGCAUCGAAUUCUUGGAUUAGUGACGAAGAUUUAAAAAAAUGUCCGGUGAAAUCUCUUGGAAUGGAUGAAAUGGCGUUUUGGCAAGAAUUUAUACCAAAAUAUCUACAACCACUGGCCCAAGAUAAAGAGCAUGAGAAACAGAUGCAACAAGGUCUCAUCGAAUUAAGAAAUAAAGUUUGCCUUGGUUUUCUGUUGAUGAAUGCCCUUUUCGUGACGAUUGUAUACGUUCUUACGGAGGUCAACGCGACUACUAACCAAACACUCUCAAUUAAACUCCCAUGUACGGUAGGGGAAGGGCGACCAGGGCGGGGCUAUAUUGAACCCAUAUCAUUCGCUUUUACAGCUGUAUUUGGAAUCAUGUUAUUCUUACAGUUCAUCUGCAUGCUUAUGCAUCGUAUGUCGACGUUCAUCCACAUAUCUGCUUCUACACAAUUUAAUCUGAGCAAGAGAUUACAAGAUUGGUUUUACCCCAAAGAACAAGGUUCCCCAGAUAUCGGUGUGGAAGAAGGGUUAGAGGUUGUAAAACAACUUCAGGCAGUAAAGGAAGAUGACACGAUAUCUAUAAUGUCCCAAGAUACAAAUUACAGCGAGGACUCUUACACACGAUCCGGGAAUAAAUCGAGAGAGAUGUGGAAAAGAUACACAAGAAGAUUGCGAGAAAAGACCAGCAAACAGCCGCAAGAACUACGUGCGAAUUUUGCAGACAAUUUAGAGACACUUACAAAAGCCUUAGAAGUAGGAGAUGAUGCAAGUACGAGAGGUAUGCGCGAAGAAAGUAAUUUUAAUGUACAUGAUGACAAAAUAUCCGAAGUUCAGAAAUUAUUAAAGAAUAGAUUCAAUAGAAAGACACUCAGUGCGGUUAGAACGAUAGCAGAAAAUCAAGUCCGUACGCAAGAAAUUAAAAGAAGGGCCACAGCUUUAAAAAACAGGAAAAAAAUACAUGAAAGUCGGUGGAAUGAUUUUGCCGAAAGAGGAAAACUUGACAAUGAACGUAAAAACAAAGGACAGACCGGGAGAAUAAGUUUUGGAUUUGCUUCUGUUGCUACGGCUGCAAUGGCCCAAGAAAAUCGAAGACGUCUGGAAGAAAGCGACGAAAUUCUGGAAACAAUUAAUGAGAACGAUGGCACAGUAAUCCAGCAAGAAAAGAAGAGCAUCAGCUUUGCAUCUGUUGCUAAAACUGCUUUGAUGCAUAAAAAUGAAAAACAUAUAGAAGAGACAUUGGUAGUAUCGAGUAAUAACACCGAAAUGAAAGAUAAUUUAAAAGAUGCUACAACAGAAAAAACAAGCACAGUUAGGUUCGCCUCUAUUGCCAAAGCUGCAGUGACCCAGGAAAGACAGAAAAAUCUUGAAAAUACGGGCCAUGAUCAAGUUAAUGAAGAUAAUUUUAAGGAAAGCGGCAAUACAAAUGCUGGUGCAUCUGUAGAGACAGGAAGUUUAGGUCAAGUCUCGGAAAAGUCAAAGGAAAACUCUUCAGAAGAUAAAAACGAUUCUGAAGAUGAAAUAAAAUCUAAUGAGGAUAAGUCAGAUAAUCAGCAAAAUGAACAAGAAAAAGCUGUACCAAGUGCAGAAUCAUGUUACCUAUAGAAUUCAAUAUGGGUAUUGACAAACAUGUGAUUUCAUUUUUUCUAUUUGAUUUUUUUUAUUUAUUUAGUAAUCUUUCUUCAAAAAUACUCAUAAUGAGAUCAAUCAUUUCGAGCUUCGAAUGUAUCCCAUUUUCGAUUCUUGUCAGAGAUAUAGAAUCGAUUGGAAUAAAUUUUAUAUAAUCAUGUAUUUCGCUAUAAGAUCGCAAGAAAUCAUACCUCGCAUACGAACACCGUUAUUUUUUCCCAAAUAUUCAUACUACAUGUAUAUAAACACUGUUAUAAGAGGAAAAUAAUAGUUUAAAAAUGUGUUGGAGAAAAACUACAUUACCAUUGAAACAAAUUUUAUU